AAAGGAAGUGUUAUACCCACUUUGACGCACGCUCAUUCUCUCCUCUGAUUGGCUGACGGCCUGACGCUGUACGUACGUAGGCGCUUCCUUAACUUGACUCUCAGAAACAGCAAAAUAGAAGAUGUUGGUCCUGGUGUUAGGUGACCUGCACAUCCCCCACCGGUGCAACACCCUGCCAGCCAAGUUCAAGAAGCUGUUGGUCCCGGGGAAGAUCCAGCACAUUCUCUGCACAGGAAACCUCUGCACCAAGGAGAGCUAUGACUACCUGAAGACUCUUGCUGGAGACGUCCACAUAGUCCGAGGAGACUUCGAUGAGAAUCUGAACUACCCGGAGCAGAAGGUGGUGACAGUGGGCCAGUUUAAGAUCGGUCUGAUCCACGGCCACCAGGUGAUCCCGUGGGGCGACAUGGCCAGCCUGGCGCUGCUCCAGAGACAGCUGGACGUCGACAUCCUCAUCUCCGGGCACACACACAAGUUCGAGGCAUUCGAGAAUGAAAACAAGUUCUACAUCAACCCUGGUUCUGCCACGGGAGCCUACAGCGCACUGGAAAGCAACAUCAUCCCCUCUUUUGUAUUAAUGGACAUCCAGGCGUCUACAGUGGUCACGUACGUUUAUCAGCUGAUCGGCGACGAUGUCAAGGUGGAGAGAAUUGAGUACAAGAAAUCUUAAAGCACGGUGUGAUGAAGAGGAGGAGGAGGAAGAUGAGAGAGAGGAGCAGGAGUUGGGUUAUCGUGGCUACGUGUAUCGUUUCAUUCCUUUCCACCAGGGGGCAGCAGCUCCCCUGCAGUCACCACAAUGUUAAUGCUGUAACAAACUGUUCAGUAACUUAACUCUAAAUCAAAUGUGUAUUAUAUUGUUUAUAAGUCAUCAGCAUUUGCUUGUAUCCAAGCUUUCAUUUGGUAACUGUAGAGAAUGCAAUAAUGUCACAUGUGUUUGUUAUCAGAAGAAAUAUUUGGUGCCAUUUUUCUUUUCUUUUUUUCUUUUUUUGGUCACAUUCGCCCUCGUCAUUUCCUGUCAAUAUCAGGCCUUUAGCUUCAUGUAGUCGGCCUUUUUUUCAUUCAUUAAUUUCCCCACAAUAAAGAUCUAAUUUCACUCCA